CUUUAAGAUGUGUGAUAUAACGCUUGGAUAGUGACAUCGACCAGCAUCUCAUAAAUAAUGGAGCUUCAUACAGAAAUGUCCUCGAGAUUUGAGAAUUGUACCAACUGUACCGAUAGUGAGACCGAUGUCUAUGAUCUCUACCCUCACUCGAUCGUCAUCGCAGCCAUCUACCUCUUCACAUCUAUAUUCGGUAUCCUUGGAAACAGUCUCGUCGUCGUCGGCGUGAUCGUCACUCCCAAACUGCAAACCCCGACCAAUGUGUUGGUAGUCAACCUGGCCAUCGCUGACCUCCUGACCUGCAUGGUUCUUCCGUUCCAGAUGUAUGGUAUCCUUAAAGAUGGAGAUACAUUUAUGCGUGCAUGCAGCUUCGUAGGUGCUGUGCACUAUGUGACAUUUACCUGUAGCGCUGUCACUCUGGUUCUGAUAGCCAUAAACCGAUGUCACGUCAUCACCAAAAACAUACACACACCAGUCAGUCUUAACACGCACAAGAAACAGCAGCUCUUCUUAGCUAUUCUCUCUUGGAUUCUAGCGUGUUUAUACAACUACAUCCCAAUUUACGUUUUUAAAUUAACCGAAUACGCUUAUUAUCCUCCCUAUAAACAAUGCUUCACGAGUCUUACAGAAACGAGUGACUUUUAUCAUUACUUCCUGGCUGUACUAAUCGGGAGUCAUAUCCUCAUCAUGCUCGGCUGUUACAUCAGGAUUUUGGUGCAUGUCCGACAGCAACGAAAGCUCCUCCUUUACUUCGGGAGCAGUCGAAGCCAAGUUGAACAACAGCAGCACAUCGAGCGACUCAGUCAACGAGAGGUCAGUGUCACCAAGAACCUCUUCAGCGUUGUCAUCGCUUUCAUCUGCUGUACCGUCCCGACGGCUGUGACCUUUGCGAUACCUGGGGUACGACUAGCGGGGAUAUACACCACCGCCAUCCUCUUCUUCAACAACUGCAUCAAUCCUGUCUUCUACGCCUUCAGACACCCCGUCUUCAAGAAGUUCUUCAAGAGGCUCUUUGUGCGCACACUUCAGAUCGUUAGUUGCCCGAGGAAGAUUGUACCCACGGAAGAGGCCAAAGGAAAUGAUACGCUUAGUAAAACCAGUGAGAGUGUAAUUAAUGGAGAUACCGUCCAAGAGGCAACUUAAAAGUCAUUCGUAGCACCGCGCGUCUUUUGUUUCCCCUACCGUAAUUGAUGACUGGAGAGGGUUUCAUUUCUUGUUAAUCCUGAAUAUAUUUCCCUCGGUAAAUUCUUUCGAGACGGUAUCUCCAUCCAUUACACUCUCCCUGGUAAAACACCAGAUAGGAACGUCAUUAUGGCGUGUUUAUAUUUUUAAC